AUGGCAGUGACACAGAACAGUGAGGUUGAUGAUGAUCAUGGAAAAGACAAGAAAUCCAACCAAAAAGUUCCAUUCUACAAACUGUUCACAUUUGCUGAUAACCUUGAUGUGACAUUGAUGAUCAUUGGUACUAUCUCUGCUGCUGCUAAUGGAAUGACACAACCUAUCAUGACUCUCAUUCUUGGCAAAAUGAUAAACAUCUUUGGCUCCACUGAUCCACAUCACAUUGUCAAGGAAGUUUCUAAGGCUUCGUUAUGGUUUAUUUACUUGGCCGUUGGUUCUGGAAUCGUAUCAUUCCUACAGGUAUCAUGUUGGAUGGUGACAGGAGAAAGACAAGCUGCGAGGAUUCGUAGUUUGUACUUGAAAACAAUAUUAAAGCAGGAUAUAGCCUUCUUUGACACCGAAACAAACACAGGAGAAGUAAUUGGUAGAAUGUCUGGUGAUACAAUUCUCAUUCAAGAUGCCAUGGGAGAAAAGGUUGGGAAGUUUAUUCAACUUGCUGCAACAUUUUUUGGUGGCUUUGUGGUUGCUUUUGUAAAAGGAUGGAGACUAGCUUUAGUUUUACUUGCAUGUCUACCUUGUGUUGUCAUUGUUGGCGGAUUUAUGUCAAUGCUUAUGGCUAAAAUGUCGACUCGUGGACAAGCUGCUUAUACAGAAGCAGGAAAUAUUGUUGAUCAAACAGUCGCAGCCAUCAGAACAGUUGCAUCAUUUACUGGGGAGAAAAAAGCAAUAGAAAAGUACAACAGGAAUUUAAAAGUUGCGUAUACUACAACGGUUCAACACGGAAUUGUCUCAGGGUUUGGAAUGGGGGCACUAUUAUUGAUUAUCUUUAGCACCUAUGGACUUGCAAUGUGGUAUGGUUCCAAAUUAGUCAUUGAGAAAGGAUAUACUGGUGGAACUGUCAUGAGUGUACUCAUAUGUCUUAUGACUGGUGGAAUGUCAUUGGGUCAGUCAUCCCCAUGCUUAGAUGCAUUUGCUGCAGGACAAGCAGCAGCAUAUAAAAUGCUUGAGACUAUUAAAAGAAAGCCUAAAAUUGAUCCAUAUGACACAAGCGGCGUUGUUUUGGAAGAUAUAAAGGGAGAUAUUGAACUUAAAGAUGUUUACUUCAGAUAUCCUGCAAGGCCAGAUGUUCAGAUAUUUGCUGGAUUCUCAUUGUUUGUUCCGAGUGGCACAACUACUGCUUUGGUCGGUCAAAGUGGAAGCGGAAAGUCCACUGUGAUCAGUCUAUUGGAAAGAUUCUAUGACCCUGAAGCUGGAGAAGUACUUAUAGAUGGUGUGAAUUUGAAGAACUUGCAACUUAGAUGGAUAAGGGAACAGAUUGGGUUGGUUAGUCAAGAACCUAUCUUGUUUACUACCACUAUCAGAGAGAACAUAGCAUAUGGGAAAGAAGGUGCAACGGAUGAGGAGAUAACAACAGCAAUAACACUUGCUAAUGCCAAGAAAUUCAUUGACAAAUUGCCUCAGGGUCUUGACACCAUGGCAGGACAAAAUGGGACUCAACUUUCUGGCGGGCAAAAGCAAAGAAUUGCGAUUGCAAGAGCAAUAUUGAAGAAUCCAAGAAUCCUUCUUCUUGAUGAAGCAACAAGUGCAUUGGAUGCUGAGUCUGAACGUAUUGUUCAAGAAGCAUUAGAAAAAGUGAUGUUCGAAAGGACUACUGUUGUUAUUGCACAUCGUUUGACAACUAUUAGAAAUGCUGACACCAUAGCAGUGGUUCAUCAAGGAAAAAUCGUGGAGAAAGGAGCUCAUGAUGAGUUAAUCAAGGACGUAGAUGGUGCUUAUUCUCAGCUUAUUCGUCUACAAGAAGGAGAAAAAGAAAGCCAAAAGUCGGAAGAAGAUACAAGUCACAUUUUAGAUAGUCAGAACCAGAGAAUUUCCUUUGUGAAAUCAACAAGUCAAAGAUCAUCAAGGAGACUUUCCCGAUCACAGAGAUUUAUUCUUCCUCAUCAAAGUGGUGUACAAACAGAAGCAUCAAAUAUCGAAGAAGGUCAACUUGAAAAUAAGAAACGUAAAAACGUUUCUAUAAGACGUUUGGCCAACUUGAACAAACCUGAGAUUCCCACCUUACUACUUGGAUCCAUUGCUGCAAUAGGGAAUGGUGUAGUGUUCCCUAUAUUUGGCCUAGUGUUUUCAUCAGCCAUUACUAUGUUUUAUAAACCACCAGAACAACAGAAGAAAGAUGCUAGGCUCUGGUCACUUCUAUACGUGGGUUUGGGAUUGUUUAGUCUAGUUGUUUUACCACUGCAGAAUUACUUCUUUGGGGUAGCAGGUGGAAAACUUGUAGAACGGAUUCGUUCACUGACAUUUGCAAAGGUCGCGCACCAAGAAAUUAGUUGGUUUGACGACCCUGCAAAUUCAAGUGGUGCAGUUGGUGCAAGAUUAUCUACCGACGCUUCAAUGGUUAAAAGUCUUGUCGGUGAUACGUUGGCCCUUAUUGUGCAAAACAUAUCAUCAAUCACAGCUGGUCUAAUUCUAGCAUUCACUUCUAAUUGGAUUCUUGCUUUUAUAGUUUUGGCCGUGUUACCAGUUGUCCUUAUACAAGGAAUUAUUCAGAUGAAAUUUCUUGAAGGAUUCAGUGCAGAUGCCAAGAUGAUGUAUGAAGAUGCAAGUCAAGUGGCAAAUGAUGCUGUUAGUAGCAUCAGAACUGUUGCAUCGUUUAACGCAGAAUCAAAGGUGAUGGAUAUGUACCAGAAGAAAUGUUCUGGUCCAGAAAAACAAGGAGUUCGUUUGGGGCUCGUGAGUGGCGUAGGAUUUGGUUUCUCUUUUGUUGCGCUAUAUUUGAUGACUGCUUUUUGUUUCUACAUAGGAUCUGUUCUAGUGCAACAUGAGAAAGCAACUUUCCCGGAGGUUUUCAAGGUUUUCUUUAGUUUAACUAUAACCGCAGUAGGUAUUUCUCAGUCAAGUACCUUGGCACCAGACACUAAUAAGGCCAAAGAUUCAACCGCUUCAAUAUUUGAAAUUCUAGACAGUAACCCUACUAUUGACUCAAGUAGCAAUGAAGGCGUAACAUUAGAAACAGUUGCCGGUGAUAUUGAACUUCAACAUGUCAGCUUCAAUUACCCAACAAGGCCUCGUAUUCAAAUUUUCAAAGAUUUAUGUCUAAGCAUCCCUGCCGGAAAGACUGUUGCGUUGGUUGGAGAAAGUGGCAGUGGAAAAUCGACGGUUAUAAGUCUACUAGAGAGAUUUUAUAACCCUGAUUCUGGAUAUGUAUUACUAGAUGGAGUGGAUAUCAAAACUUUCAGAUUAAGCUGGUUGAGGCAGCAAAUGGGUUUGGUUGGUCAAGAGCCUAUUCUUUUCAACGAAAGUAUUCGCGCCAACAUAGCAUACGGAAAAGAAGGAGAUGCUACUGAGGACGAGAUAAUUGCAGCAGCUAAUGCAGCCAAUGCACACAGCUUCAUAAGUUCUCUUCCAAAUGGUUAUGAUACAUCAGUUGGUGAAAGAGGAACACAAUUGUCAGGAGGACAAAAGCAACGUAUUGCUAUUGCAAGAGCCAUGCUGAAAAACCCCAAAAUACUUUUGCUUGAUGAGGCAACAAGUGCACUUGAUGCCGAGUCCGAGCGUAUAGUUCAAGAGGCUCUAGAUAGAGUGAGUGUUAACAGAACUACUGUUGUAGUGGCUCACCGUCUUACAACAAUUCGAGGGGCUGAUACUAUAGCAGUAAUAAAAAAUGGAGUGGUUGCUGAAAAAGGAAGACAUGAUGUGUUGAUGACGAUUACGGAUGGUGUUUAUGCUUCAUUAGUAGCUCUUCAUUCAAGUGUAUGA